ACUCCGUGCCGCGCGCAUGGGAGCUCCGUCAGAUGGAGACUCCGGAAAGUCUCGCGCAUUUCCGCGUCAAAACCCAGCCGCGGUUCGUCAGCAUGGACACGGUUCAUCCCGAGGAUAUCCAGUCACACUCCACGUAUCGCUUCAUGCAGACGGCCGUCAGGUGGAUUUCACCGCGGUGAUCGGUGUUCGUCAUGGCUCGUGAGCUGCGCGUGGAUUACUCUCGACUCUGACGAGGCCUUGCCGAAGACUGUGGAGCAGCAUCUAAGAAAAUAAGGACAAAUAAUGACAUGCAGAUUUAAAACUAUGACGAAUAGACGGUACACAUGACCCCCUGAAGGUAAAGCGUGAACCUUUUCUUUUUUUAAAUUUUGCUUCCGUGUCAGUAUGUCACUAUCAGACUGCAAACAUGGGAGCAACCCCCAAACGGACCACACGUACAGCCUCCACAGCUUGCCCUUGAGCAAGGACUAUGGAAAAACGCCGACGAGGACAUUGUUUGACUUCAAGCGGUUAUCACUGACGAACCUGCGGAGCAUCUCAAAAGUCAAAGUGGUUAGCUUUCUGAUGGGCUUGACUCUGAUGUUCCUCAUCAUGGCUUCCCACAUCCUGACGUGGGACAGGAAAGGGCUUCUGCUCACCCCCCCACCCUUUCAUCCUCUCAGGCCUGUGGUCGUCCCGACCGGCAAGGCGGCAGCUGAAGUUUCGUCUGAAAAUAAUUUCAUAGACGUGAAGCUGCUGGUGAAAAUCAUCGGCUCCAAACUGGAAUACACACCCAGGAAGGUGCCCGAUGAAAAGGACGUCGUUGGAACCAACUCCCAUUUGUUUUCUGUAAUUCCUCGCCAUUUCCUGCCCAGCGUCAAAAGCCCUUGCUGGUAUGAGGAGUUCUCAGAUGAGCUCAGCACUGAUCCAUACGGGAGGAACCACUACGCUCUGCGCACAAAGAGCUUCAGGACUGUGUGUGACCACCUGAGGACCAGCUUCCACCAGCACUUACACCGCAGCGGCGGCAAACGGUUUCGUCUGCGCUGCUUGCCGUUCUUCUACAUCGUCGGCCAGCCCAAGUGCGGCACAACCGACUUGUUCUACAGGCUGCUGCUGCACCCAGAGGUCAAGUUCAACACGAUAAAGGAGCCGCACUGGUGGACCAGGAAACGCUUUGGUUAUAUCCGUUUCAAAGAUGGCUUCCAGGAAACAUUUCCCGUGGAAGAUUACCUGGAUCUGUUUGACUUGGCAGCCCACAACAUCCAAGAAGGAAUCAGUGGAAAUUCAUCUGGAGACCACCGCGCACUCAUAACAGGUGAAGCCAGUGCAUCCACCAUGUGGGAUAACCAGGUCUGGAGCUACCUUCACAGAGACAUGGAGGAGACGGAAACCCCGUUCCUGGCCCAGGACUUCAUCCACAGAGUCCAGCCCGGGGCCAAAAUCAUCCUCAUGCUUAGAGAUCCAGGAGAGAGACUUUAUUCUGACUACCUGUACUUUAAGAUGGCCAACAAGUCAACAGAGGACUUCCAUCAUAAGGUCGUAGAAUCUGUGCAGUUGUUUCAGUCCUGCCUGUCUGAGAGGUCACUUCGAUCCUGCGCCUACAACACCAGCCUCUCCAACGCCAUGCCGGUGAGGCUACAUUUGGGGAUGUACGUUGUCUUCUUGCUGGACUGGCUGACAGUUUUCCAAAGCGAGCAGAUUCUAGUUCUUCGCCUCGAGGACUAUGCAGCCAACUUCAAAGUGACAAUCAAGAAAGUUUUUGAUUUUCUCAGAUUAAGUCCUCUGUCGGAGCAGGUGGAGGCAGCACUGUACAAACGGCCCAAAUCCAACACCCGGCGGACGGCAGAUAGGAACCUGGGUCACAUGCUUCCAGCCACCAGUGACCUCCUCAGAGGAUUUCACCAACCCUUCAACCAUAAACUGGCCAGUGUGUUGGACAACAAGGCCUUCCACUGGAGUAAUGCACCUGAAGGGGCAUGAGCAUGCUCGAGGAUGUGGAUGGCCGUGAAUGAAACACCAGAGCAAGAAGCUAAAGCAGCAAUGCCAUAGAUAUAAAUAAAUGUACAGUGGGAGAACUCAAAGGUUAUAUAUGGGGUUAUAUGAAGGUCCGAAUAAGUACGGGUUUUGUUUGUGAUAUUUGUUUGCUCUUGAAAGAAUGUGAGUGACUUGUUGAUAAAGAUGAUGACAAUAAGAAGAACAAUAAGCUGAAUUUGUGUUUUAUGUUUUUAUGUUGUUGAAAAGACAUUUUUAUCACUGCUGAUUAAAGUCCACAAAAUGCAA